AUUAAAUCGUGCUUCGAAAGCUUAUUAAAACAAGUUUAGAAAAAUUCAAAUUUAAAAAAAUUAAGCUAUACAACCAGGAAUCCUUUAAAAUGGUUAGCAACAAGUGCAUCUUUUUUUACAUCACACUUUUCUCGAGCCUCUACACCCUUGGCAAUACCCAUCCACUGCUGGAGGAGGUGGAACAGGACGAUAAUUACGCAGCUGUUUAUUUAGUGGAUGAACAGAAUUGGCCUGAAGGGUAUCAUAUUUUGGAGCUCGUACGUCUCCCACGUUCGGCUUCCUCAUCUCAGGAAUCCUCGCAAGAAAAUAAAAGAGGCAGAGUUGAGCUAAAAUACGAAGACACACCGGAAAGAGGACGCGAAGCAACUUUGAAGUACAACCACAAUUUGCUGAGAAGCGACGACGAUAGUUACAGUAUUGAUGCUUAUGCACAGGGCAGACGUAACUAUGAUUGGAAUCAGAAUGAUUUCCAGGGCGGUCUAGAGGGUCGCUGGAAUUUCAAAGGUUAAAAUAUGUGGUAUGAUGUAAAAGAUUAUUCAAGAAAAAUUAAAUAAAAAUAGGAUUAUCAUAAAAAACAA